AUGCUGGCGCCGGCUCACGCUUGGACGCCAAUCGGGCCUGUCAACCAAAGACUGUUGCAGCCUCGAACCUCGGUUCCACCGGUGCCCAGCAGACUCAGGGGCAAGGCGAAGACCAUCGGAGCCGCCAAGGACGGCGGCCUUGAGGCGAAGCCGACCCGACAGAUCUUCAGCUUGGCGUGGCCAGCGGUUUUGGGAGCAUCAAUCGACCCGCUGCUUUCGCUUCUAGACACAUACUGGGUGUCGCGAUGCCUGGGAAUGCUCUCCCUGGCCGCCUUGGGCCCCGCUCUCAACGUCGAGGAUUGGAUGUUCGACAUCCUGAAGACCGUUCAAGUACCUGUGCGCUCACUGACUUCGGAGUCUGCGGCGGCUGGUCGACCCAAGGAGGUGCAGGAAACCUUGUCGCAGGCAUUGUGCUUCUGCUGGAGGGUUGGACUUGCCGUCGCCCUUCUCGGAUCGGCGCUUUCGACCUGCCUUUUGAGACUCUCAUCCGUUGAAGCCUCGUCGCCUCUGCUUGAGCCUGCCAAGGCCUAUCUUGUCCCGAGGCUGUGCGGUGCACCGGGGCUGCUGACACUGAUCGUUCUUCAGGCGGCGCUCUCGGGUGCUUUCCGCGACACCACGGCAGUGCUGCGCCUGGUCCUGCUGGGCGCCGGGCUGAAUGCGGUGCUGACACCACUCGGCGUUGUGACUUUGCACGGCGGCACCGCUGGGGCUGCGUGGGCAACGACGGCAGCUUGCUACGUGUCUGCCGUUGCUGCCUGGAUCCUUGUCGCCCGCAGGCCGUCCAGCGGAGAGCCCUGGUUGCCACCGCCAGGGCAGGUCUUUGCUUCGGCUUUCCUGGGGAAGCCCAGCCCGAACCAGAGCGCCAGCAGUCAGAAGAAUUGGAUGGCUCUGCUAAAGGCAAAUGCCGCAAUGUCCGUGCGAACAUUUUCAUCGCUCACAACAUGGCUGGUAGCUUGUGCCAUCAUCACAAAGAUUGGUGUGGCACCUUUGGCGGCACACACCUGCAUGACGAAAACCUUCCUGAUGCUGCUGUACUUGCUGUACGGCUUCCAGCUUGCAGCACAGGUUUUGGUCAGUGCCGACGUUGUCCGUGGCGACCCGCAGCGUGCCCGCAAGACCGCGGUCCACGCAAUCCGCCUGGGUAUGGUCGUGGCAAGCUUUGCUGCUCUGAGCCUUUGGCUCGGCCACGAUUUCAUUGCGAGUGUUCUUGUUAGAGACGAGACCGUGACAGCUGCGUUCGCCACCCUGGUUCCACCGGCAAUGGCCAUGCUGCUCAUCUACGGUGUGAUGUGGGUGGCCGACGGAGUUCUCUACGGUCUCGGCGAGUAUGUUUGGACAGCCAAGUGCACCUCCUACGCAGGUGCUGCAGCAGUUGCCGUCAUGCUCCUCCUUGCCCGCCGAAACGUCAGUGCGGUGGAAGUUUGGUGGAGCCUGAAUAUCAUGAUGGCGAUCCGAGCCAUUUUUGGAGUCCGGAAGGUUUUCUUCUCGCGGAGCUCUCCCUUGUCGAGGCGCUCACUGCAGCUGGUCCCGGCCGGUGCCGAAAAUGGCAACCCUGGACAGACGUCGGACACGCUGUUCGAUGCCUUGGCCGCCGGUGGACAAGAAGUUCGCUGGCCCGACUUUCGAGCCCUCUUCGCGCAGCUCGAGCCGUCGUUGUCAGAAGGUCAGCUACAACAGCUCUGGGUUACUUUCGACACCAAUGCGGAUGGUGGCAUCUCAAGGGAGGAAUUCAAGAAGCAGCUGGCCAAUGUUGAGGCUUCGGCAAAAGCUGGCGCCACAAAAACGAACGUGUCAGAGGAAGUCUGCUCGAUGGUCACUGCCAUGCUGCGCAGAGAAGGGAAGACCCAGGAUCAGCUGUUCGACGCCUUGGCCAACGGCCGCCAAGACGUGACAUGGUCUGAUUUCCACGCUCUCUUUGCGCAGCUGCUGCCGGAUCUGGCAGAGAGCCAGCUACAAGAGCUCUGGCAACACUUCGACAAAAAUGGGGACGGCGGUGUCUCCAGAGAAGAGUUCCAUCGCGCUCUGGGGACGGUCAGCAAAUCUGCUGAAGAAGCAGCGCAGGACGUCUGCUCUCGCGUAGUCGCAGCCCUCAUGCGUGAGGGGAAGUCGGUGACCGAGCUAUUCGAUGCACUCGCGGGGACGAGGAGCACCGUCCAGUCGAAGGACUUCGCUGACUUCUUCAGAGUCAUCGAGCCUAGCAUCACCCACCAGCAACUGGAGCUCCUCUGGCGAACGUUUGACAAGGAUGGAGACGGCAGCGUUACAAGGGAGGAAUUCCAGAUGGGCUUGCAGCCCGGGUCCGUGGCCCUCGCGCCUCCCAUGCCGGCCGGCGCUGUGCCAGACAUGCAAAUCCAGGCGCCUUCGGAUUUGUCGUCGGCUCUCUGGGCUGCCAUGUCCGAGGUGGCUGCGCUGAGAGCACCGAGCGCGCCACGAGGAAGUGAAGCCUUGAAGCAAGCGGUUCGGCAGCAACUCGCAGCCUUUGACCCCACGCAGACUGGUGUGCUGGAUCCGGCAGCUUUUGCCCAGGCGUUGCGCUCCUACAGCCCGACGCUGCCAGAUGUGGCCCUCAAGGUGCUUUGGCAGCAAGUCUGUGAAACUGACGGAAGGGUGCAGAUCGACAAGUUGGUCAGCCAGAUUCUGCAAACUCCGGAGCCUCCACCGCCAAGAUCCUCCCUUGUGAAGGCUGGGGCGCCUGUCACAGAGGCUGGGGGCCCGCUCUGGAGCGCGUUGCGAAGGAUCAGGCCGGCGCUGCACGAGCGCGGUCUCCGCCUGACCACGGCCUUCCAGCGCUGGGUGCCCUCUUCGAGCUCCCGGCUCUCCAAGGAAUCGCUGGCACGGGGAGUGGCCUCGCUGGUGGGAAGCGACCUGACGGAGCAGCAGCUGCGUGCCUUACAUGGGGCAAUGUGCAGAAAUCCCGACGUGGGGGCAUCCAUGGAGGAGUUCAUCGGCGCGUUCAGUGCUUGUGAGGGCGAAGGCUUUGAAGCCUAUGCUCGUGAGCUGCUUCGCCGAGCAAGUCGGGCACUACUCCGCCGUGCCAAGGGCUCGCUCUCCGGGGCCUUCGCGACCCUUGACAUCACAGGCGAAGGGGAGGUGAGACUUCCAGGGUUCAGAGCUGCUCUGCUUCAGUUCGGCGAUUUAAACCUUACCGACGAGCAGGUGAACAAGCUCUGGAAGACUGCACAAGCUCUGGGAGGGUGCAAGGAUGAAGCGAUGGACUUCAUGUCCUUUAAGACUGUCUUCGGCCCGUCCGCCGUCGACUCUCCGGGCGAUGCAGGUGAUGGCGAGGACGAUGCUGCCAGAGCUGCAAAGCGCGACCCAGGGCCGAGCCUUGAGGAGUCGUGCUUCCAUCUGUAUCGGCUGCAGCGGACGGAAGUGCUUCGAGCUGCCAUCUUCCGUUCAGCUCCGGAGGUCUUUCUUCCAUUUGACCUCUUGUCUGCAGCGGUUCGAGAGGCUGCGCCGGAGCUUUCCGACGACGAGGUGUCUCAGGUUUGCCGGCUGGCGCCUCAAAAAGGCGGCGUGCUGCAUGGAGAGGAUGCGUAUUCCUAUGGUCAUCUUCUCGAACGUCUGGAAAAUGAUAAGAAGGAUUUCCAUCCCUUGAACCUGCGUGAGCGCGGCCCAGCUGCUGACAUGUGCCGCUACAUCGACCAGCGACUUCAGGCUCAAGGCUUCGUCUCUUUGGCUUCGGCCAUGCAGGAUGCGGAGGUGCUGCGAGCGGACAUCCUCCUCGACCGGCUUCUGAAUUACUUGCCGCAGCCGAUUCGUCCAGAGGACCAGCGCGUGGUGGAGAACAUGCUCCGCCUGGGCCGGCCAUUGCGCGAUGGCACGUUGGAUGCCACAGAGUUCUGCCAAAGGUUUGAGCUGCUGGCACGCAACGGCACCGUUGCUGGCCGGGAGCCUGUAGCACCGGUGAGUCCCUCACGGUCUGCCCGUGACGCCAGACUGCAGCUUCGGGAGAAGGUUCGGCUGCCAAGCGCCUGGUUGGCUUGUCCCCGCUCUUGGGCCUCGAGGAUGCUCGGGCGCAGCCGUGGCCGCCCGGCGCAGGGACCUGCAAGCCGUGAGCAGGCGGCGCCUCCGCCGCCAGCCCCUCCAGAUGGCCCGCGCCCUUCGGAGGACGCGACUCAAAGGUCGGCAGGAGAUGGCAGAGCACAAUAA